AGGAAGCCUCAUACUUAAAAAAAGACCCGAAGGCCAUUUCUGAAGAGUGACUUCUUCUACUAUUCAGCUCAGACGCCAGAGGUGAUCCUCACUCUUGUCCUUGCACCUUAAGCCUCAACUCUCGCAUUUCUGCGCAGACCAAUUCGCCAGUUUACACCGAACCAUGGUUGCCGACGCAGAGAAAGCGACUCCGGGGCAAGCGCCGGUGGUCGAAGAGGGACGCAGAAGAAGCUCCGUCGUAGCCGGGACCGUCGACGAUGUCCAUAUACUCACCGAGCUGGGCUACAAGCCUGAGCUGAGUCGCAAUCGAUCGAUGUUGACUCUCUUGUUUCAAUCACUCGCCAUUGCUGCGAUCCCGUAUGGAGAGGGUGGUCCGUUGAUCAGUGCUAUUUAUGGCGGUGGUCCUCUUGCUAUAUUCGUCGGCUGGAUCGUCGUGCUUGUCCUUGACGAGUGCAUUGCGCUUUCCCUCGGCGAACUCGCUUCGAAAUAUCCUACAUCGGCUGGUCCUUAUUACUGGUCUUUCCAACUCGCGUCGAAAGGCAAAAUCGUGCUGUCGUUUAUCACGGGAUGGACAUGGCUAAUUGGCAACUGGACUAUCACGUUGUCGGUGAACUUCGGUAUGGCCUCAUUGAUUGCCGGUACCGUGGCGAUGUACCACCCAGACUGGGUAGCCAAAGAUUGGGAGCUACUCCUUAUCUUCUAUGCGAUCUGUCUGGUCAGUUUGGUGAUCUGCGCGACAAUGAACAGAAUCCUGCCAAUGGUCGACACUGUAUGCGCCGGUUGGACAGCCUUGAGCAUCGUAAUCAUCCUCAUUGCGCUCUCGGUGAAAGCGGACGCCGGUAGACACAGCGCUUCCUAUGCUCUUGGCCACUACGAUAAAUCCUUUUCCGGAUGGGGUGGCUUCACAUUCUUCAUCGGCCUGUUGCCAGCUGCGUACACUUUCUCUGCCAUAGGGAUGAUCUCGGCUAUGGCAGAGGAAUGCGCAGACCCUGCGGUCAAAGUCCCCAAAGCCAUCAGUCUUUGCGUUCCUGUCGGUGGAUUUGCAGGACUUUUCUUCAUCAUCCCGAUAUGCGUAACCCUGCCUCCUCUGGAAGACAUCGUCGCUGCACCUUAUGGCCAGGCACUGCCUUACAUCUUCUAUCGCGUCAUGGGCACUCCUGGGGGCGGACUCGGUCUGAUGUUUCUGGUGUUGGGGGUGACGGCAUUCUGCAGUAUCAGCAUAACUGUCGCCGCGUCGCGCUGCACAUGGGCGUUUGCAAGAGACGACGCCAUUCCAUUGUCUCGACUAUGGUCGAAGGUCAACACUGGGCUCGGGGUGCCCCUGUAUGCGCUUAUCCUUACAACGGUAGUGCAGAUGCUUCUAGGUCUCAUAUACUUGGGCUCGUCAGCUGCCUUCACGGCCUUCGUGUCUGUCGGUGUGAUGGCGCUGGCGGUAAGCUACGCGAUCCCCAUCGCAAUCAGCCUUAUUCACAAAAGACGUGAAGUGUCGACUGCGCGAUGGAAUUGUGGGCCCGUUAUCGGACCGAUCGUCAACGGCGUUGCCCUUUGCUGGAUCACAUUUGAAGUGGUCCUGUUCAGCAUGCCAACUGCGCUGCCCGUGACACAAGUUACCAUGAACUACGCCAGUGUUGUGUUUGUCGGUUUCGGCGUCAUCUCAGCUAUUUGGUAUGCGGUGUAUGCAAGAAAAGCGUACAAGGGACCGCCCGAGUCGGACGGUAUUGCUGCUUGAUCCUGUCCUCUGCAAGUAUCUUCCUUUGUUUGGCUCAAUUUCAGUCCGACCACAGCACGACGGUCCGACGAAGUCGUGCCUCAUUUCGAGUUCUCGCGAUCGCUGGUGGGAUUGUUGGUCACGAUCCUAGACUACAGGCAGGUUCCUACCGCCAAAGAGCUU